UGUAAUGGUGGAGCCAACAGUGUCUUCCCAGAAGUACUCGCACCUAAAUACCAGGAGAGGCUGCUGAAGUUGUGGCGAAACCUUUCCAACAGGUCCGAGGAGCUUCACACACGGAUAUACCAUCCCAUGUGGGUUGUGAACACAUCUCAGCUGAGCUACCGCGAAGCGACGAGGUGAGAUGUUCCCACUGCCGAUGUUCACGCCCGACCAGGUCGCCCGGGUGUGCGAGAACCUGGAGGAGACCGGGGACAUCGAGCGCCUGGGUCGGUUCCUCUGGUCGCUGCCUGCCGCCGUGCCCGGCUCUGCGGGGGAGGCGCUCAACCGGCACGAGUCUGUGAUGCGAGCGAGAGCGCUGGUCGCCUUCCACACCGGGAACUUCGAGGCGCUUUAUCAGAUCCUCCAGAGCCACAGGUUUACCCGCGAGUCGCAUGCCAAGCUGCAAGACCUCUGGCUGGAUGCGCACUACAGAGAGGCGGAAAGGCUGAGAGGGCGGCCGCUGGGUCCGGUGGAGAAGUAUCGGAUCAGGAAGAAGUUUCCGUUGCCCCGCACCAUUUGGGAUGGCGAGCAAAAGACGCACUGCUUUAAGGAACGGACUCGGAGCUUGUUGAGAGAGUGGUAUCUCCAAGAUCCCUACCCCAACCCGUCCAGGAAACGCCACUUGGCCCAGGCCACGGGUCUCACGCCUACACAAGUCGGUAACUGGUUCAAGAACCGCCGCCAAAGAGACCGCGCCGCAUCGGCAAAAAACAGACUUCAACAGGAUCCGUCCGUCCUGCCGUCGGAAGGCUCCACUGACGGCGCCCUGCAAGAGCGCCACCCCCACCCCCACCUGCUGCCUACUUCCCCUCGCCACCUCGGCAGCCCAGAGGCAAGCGACUGCAGCACAGAGACUGAGCGCAGAGGGACGGGGGCGUCUACACCAGAGAUCUCCGUCAGCAGCGACGGCGAGUUUGAGUCUUGAGAUGACAAUUUUUUUUUUUUUUUUUAUACGGGUACAAAAACAGAACAUUAUAGACGGUGAGGCGAUGGACAUACUACAACUGCUUAAACAGAGAAGAAAAGCGGCGGGGGAACUUCUGCCUCUGAACAAACUUUGUACAAGGAAUUAUGCACUUAAGAAAAGCACUGAGAAGGGCGCUGGUCAUUUCGCCCCUUUACUAUGUUGUACUUUUUCAGUUUUGGUCUUUUUCUGGCAGGAAAACAAGCCGUCUGCCACGGGACGCUUCGUGCCGAUGGAAUUCAUUUAUACCGGUUCCGGGGACAUUUUAAACCCACUUUCACAACUAAAUGAUUAAAAGAAAUGUACUACAAUUUACUUAGAGGCAAAUAUAUGGAAAUGAGGUUAUGUGGCACUGUGGAUAUUAUUUACCAGCAGACGUUUGUUCACAUUUAUUACGGUUUGAGGUGAUAAUUCAGCUGCUUUUGUAAGAGUCAAAAAGACCACAUGGCAUUCAGGACAAGGUGUAAAUUUUACAUUUUUAAAAUGAAUACCUAUUUAUCUGAUAGAUUAUUACCAAGUGGAAUAAACAGAUAAGCAAUGGUUGAAAUUAUGUCUUCUAAAAUAGAUUGUUUACAUGUAAGCUGGCAAAGGGGCAAACUGAACCUGGAGCCCAAUGAAACCCAUAAGCUUGGUUGUUGUUGUGUAGAAUGAUAAACAACUACUGGCUGAUGAUGAACAGUGUGAUUAAGUCUCGGGUACAGAUUUUAGAGCUAAUCCUAAUGUUCGUUAGCUCAUGUGAAUAUUAGUAUUGUCAUGUUGGUUUUUUUACUGUUUCAAAUAAAUCUGUAAAUAUAAAUGAUCUUGUAAUAGUUUGAAGGGAAUCUGCAUGCAUUUGUGUGGAAAUUGUGAAAAAAACUAUAAGAACAAUGCCUUGUGUAGGCUUUAGCUGUACGUCACCAUGGACAAUAAUGAAUUAAUACUUAUGUGCCCUUACAGAUUUAAAGUGGUGUAAAACCAUACAUUGUCAGCGGUACACUAAUGUUUAUGUGUGUCUCAUUGUUGUCUUCUACUGCACUGGUUAAAAUGUGAGUGCAAACAUCGUCAUUCGACUCUUUUCACUGCCUUAAAUGGAGCUAAGGGCAUUCUUAUAACACAGGUUGUGAGUCUAUGCAAACUGUCUGUGACUACAACACGCCUGUUAGAGCACAAACUAUUUCAACUACAGCCAUUUUACCUGUUCACCUUUCCUGCUGUCCCUCAAUGGAAGAUGCUGUCAGAGGUUUCCAAGCUGCUUCGAGUUCAAAGUUUGGGCUACACACACUGGUUCUUUUCUCUAUGUGCCUAAUGCAUUUCAGAACAGUAAAAGCUAAUCAAAUGUGUCUUCAAUAACACUCUCGCAGGCCUGCUGUCUGACAAAACUUUCUUACAACUAUCAUUUCUCACAACGUUUCUGUAAUUCAGUGAAAAUGUGUAUUUUGUAAAUGUUU